UUAAAAUUCUUAACCUCUCUAUCAGCAACCACAAAGAAAACAUCCAUCAAUUAAGACCACCCUUUAUCAUAAGUCUAAUCUCCCACUUACAUAAUAUUAAUUCUACCGUUCUUUGCUGGCAGAUUCAGGGAAAGUCCCCAAGUAAAUCUUAAAACUUUUGGAAAAUUAUUGAAUGCAGUCAUGUUUUGCCGCAAUUUUCGCAAUGUUCAAAAUGUUCAUUCUCAAUUAAUAUCAAGGUAUGUUAAUGGAACCAAACUCAGACCAAACAGAUCUGCAAAUUGCUUUCAUAAAUGGACAGAUCCUGCCACAGGAACAAUUCACAUUGGAAGACACACUGCCGGUAGUUCACAUCAAAACUCUCCCGGAGCACGGCGGGUUGCCACAUCGGCCUCCCGCUUCCAAGAUUCUGUGAGUCCGAGCUCGGCAGCGGCGUCAAGCGUCUCUCGAGUCACAGCUUCUCCAGUCGGAUUCGCCAAAAAUCUUUGUCUUGGCAAAUUCAACAAGGAUGAUGCAUUCCCUUUCCCUGAAAUCUCAGUGGAGCAGUUUGAACAUCUCAACCAAAUGUGUGAUCUUGAGAAAUAUUUCAAUGAAGAAGUGGACUCCAAAACAAUUGAUGUAAAUGCCAAAAUCGAUGAGAAGACAUUGCAAGGCUUAAAAGAUCUUGGUCUCUUUGGUCAACAGGUUCCUGAAAAUUAUGGUGGACUUGGUUUGUCAAACACAGAGUUUGCUCGUUUAGCUGAAAUAACUGCCCAAGAUGGGUCCAUAGCUGUCACGUUAGCCGCACAUCAAUCCAUAGGCUUCAAGGGUCUAUUGAUUGCUGGAACUGAAGAACAAAAAGCCAAAUAUCUUCCUAAGUUAGCUACAGGUGAACUAGUCGCUGCUUUCUGCCUUACAGAGCCUUCAAGUGGUAGUGAUGCAGCCUCGAUACGAACCAAGGCAACUCUAAGUCCAGAUGGAAAGCACUAUCUUCUAAAUGGGGGAAAGAUUUGGAUCUCUAAUGGAGGCAUUGCUGAUGUAUUCACAGUCUUUGCAAGAACUGAUGUAGUUGAUGAACAGGGUAAUACACAAGAGAAGAUUACAGCCUUCUUUGUUGAGAGGAACUUUGGAGGGAUUACCAAUGGCAAGCCUGAAGAUAAACUGGGCAUCAGAGGUUCAAACACCUGUGAGGUUCACUUUGACAACACCCCUGUACCUCUUGAGAACAUCAUUGGUGAAGUAGGUGGUGGAUUCAAGAUUGCAAUGAACAUCCUCAAUAGUGGACGCUUCAGUAUGGGUAGCUCGGGAGCAGGCAUGCUGAAAAAACUCAUUGGUAUGGCUGCGGACCAUGCCUCACAGCGGAAGCAGUUUGACACCAAGCUGAAGGAGUUUGGCAUGAUACAGGAGAAGAUAGGUAGGAUGACCAUGACAGCGUAUGUGAUGGAGAGCAUGGCUUACCUCACAGCCGGUCUCUUGGAUAGGCCGGGCAAACCAGAUUGUUCCGUAGAGGCAGCGAUGGUUAAGAUCUUCAGUUCAGAAGGAGGAUGGACGUGUGUCAGCGAAGCUCUUCAGAUUCUUGGUGGUUUGGGCUACAUGAAGGAUUAUCCGUACGAGCGCUUCCUCCGUGAUUGUCGUAUCCUCCUAAUCUUUGAGGGAACCAAUGAGAUCCUGCGCUUGUACGUGGCUCUCACCUGCAUGCAGCAUGCUGGGAAGGAACUCGGUGCAAUGGUCAAGAAACUGCAGAAUCCAGUAGCGAACCCAGGUUUUGCCUUCAAGAUGCUGGGGGGUCGAAUGCUUGGUCGUCUAGGACUCAAGUCGAGUGCUGUCAAACUCCAGCAUGAUGAUGGAGGUGUACAUCCUUCUCUUCAGGCAAGUGGAAAGCAACUAGCUCAUUGUGUCUCCGCAUUCCAGGGUGUAGUAGAAGGAAUUCUCAGCAAAUACAAGAAGGAAAUUGUCAAGGAACAGAUGAUCUUGAAGAGAGUGGCUGACAUCUUGAUUGAUCUGUAUGGUAUGACUGCCGUCCUGUCCAGGGCCUCAAGAGCCAAGACCGUUGGCCUCAGGAACUGUGACCAUGACAUCCUUAUCGCAACCACCUUCGUCAAUGAAGCCGCCCAGCGGGUUGGACAAAAUAUGCAUGAGAUCGGUCUAGCUCCAAAUCUGAACAACGAUGCAUCCAUCAUGAGGAUCGCUGAUGAAGUCUUUGAAAACCAUGGUUACAAGGCAUCGCAUCCUCUCACCAGGGAAUUCUAAACUACAUCCUCAAACCUAACCACUUGUUUUCACAAAAUUGUGAAAGUAUCCAAACUUCUGCAAGCAGUUCCAUGUCAUUUAAUUCCAUAACCAAUACAAAGGUUAAUUUUGCCAUUUUUCUACAAAAUUCUGGUUUGCAGAGUUUUGUGACUUGAAAUGAACUUAUUUUUUACAUUUGUUUGACAAUUUAUAUGGUUUGAAAUAGCUAUGGUAGUUCUAUUUUAUUUAUUUCCAUAAGAGCAAUUCCAGUGGAAUAAACUAUUGGACAAAAAUGAAUUUUCAAGUGCUGUUAAUCGCUGCACUAUAUUAACAAGUUUAAAAAAAAUUGGGCCAACUUGCAAUUCUAUAUCAAGUUGUAAAUGUUGUUCAUUUGUCCAAUACCUGAUUCAUACAAGCUGGAAUGCAAUCACUAUUCAGUUGAGAUU